CCUGCUUCCCUCACCGUCUGCUGCAACGGCUCUGCAUCCGCCUACAGAAACCACCAGGUCAAAAAACCUCGCCUCGAUACACGCCCGCCAGCGGUCUAGAUCGGCGGCCCCCGACAGAGGCCUUACCCGGUGUCGCUUCUGCAGCCUAAUACCAAUCAGGUUCUUGAUAGUUCGCACUUGCCCAAGCCCCUCCGCUGUGUCAAGCAUCACCAAGAACGACACAACCCCAACUCAGCCUCGUUUCCGCACAUGUCAGAAUCAAAAUGUUGGCAGCCGAACAUCGAUUAGGAAAGUCUGGCCCAGUCACUCCUCCUUCUCUUCGACCGGCUACGCCUUACUGAGCCCCACCCCUUCGUCUUCUCUGCCACCCACAAGACGGCGCCUCGCUGGGUCCCGCGACGGGACACUUUGGCACCCUAGGGCCACGACGGCGCUGGCGGGCCGAGCCCAUAAUGUCUCAAAAACAAGACUUUCUGUUCGUCGACGCCGCUCAAGCAAAGACAUCUCGCCAGGGCCGCCGCAAUGCUCGUUCCUUUGUUAUGCAGAAUGCGCGCAGGAAGAACCCAUGGUCCACCAGCAAGCACGCUGCAAAGCAAAGAAAGACGGGCAGCCCGGAAAGCACAAGCCCCAACAGCGCUACCUCUCCCUCGACACACACGCCAAACACAGCAACGCCAAGUCCUCCGCUCCUCUCAAACAGAUCUGAUUAUUUUCCUCUCCAGGACCGCCGUGAGUAUGCGCUGGCCAGAAAACUUGUCUGCUCCGACUGUCACGUCUUUCUCUGUCGCCCCAAUGAGCGACUGUGUCCAAGAUGCCUACUACAGAAUCCUGCGCCUGCUCAAGACCCAAGCACCGAAUCAUUUGAUCCCUUUCGCACUUCAUCCAUUGAAGUUACUCGAGAUGUAUCUGAACUUUUGAGGCAUUUCUCAACCGAGAUGGCGCCAGGGAUCAUUGCAGUCGACGUCCGCCAUCGGUCCACCCUCAUGAAGUCGGAUUGGUUUGGCACAGCGAUAAGUAACCCAGGCUUUAUGCACAGCCUGCUCUCUACCAUAGCCCUGCAUGCAUAUGUUUUUGGCAAAGGCACCAUUGACGCCAUCCUAUACCAUCGCGCACAGGCAAUCGCUGCUGUGAAUGCGGCUAUACUGACUCCAGAAGGAAUUUCUGAUGCCAACAUUGGCGCAGUCUUUAAUCUGCUCACUGUCGAAGAAAGCUUGUUACUGCCAACCUUUAGACUUGAAGAGGACCACAUGGCACAGCUCCAGAUACACCAGAGAGGAUUGCAACGAAUGGUGCAAUUGCGCGGAGGACUCGGUGCCAUCAAGACGAAUCGUAUCCUCCAGGCCUUUAUGCUUUGGCACUCGACCGCUCACGCCGUCGCUUCUUUCCAAGCACCAAACCUCUCAACGUUGGAUUUCAUAAACACUGCAAUCUUCCCACGCCACCCCCCAGACUACCGCCCGAACAUAUCAAAACACCUCAACAACUAUUGUCGCUAUGCAGGUGUCAAGACGUCUCUCAAUGCCUUGGUAGAGUCAGUGCUUGUGCUAAUAGCUGAUCUCAACGUUUGGUUUGGUGACCCCGAAAGCCCGCUGGAUCCUCUCGAUAUUCAAAACUUUGCCUGUGUUUUGGAGUGUUCAUUGCUAGCAUGGCUGCGAGAAAACGAACAUCUCGUCACGCCUCUCGAAGAUGCAUUGUGCGUUGCGCUGCUAAUUUUCACCGUGCGUACAACAGAGGCAAUGAAGGUGCAGUCACAUGUUCAUCUUCUCCAUUUUGCUGCGAGCAAGCGCCUCGAGAAAGCACUCAACUGUACCGUCCGAACUGAGUGGCAAAACUGCCCCGACCUCUUACUGUGGAUUCUAUCCAUCGGUGCGAUAUCGGCUGAGCCUUCACCCGAAGCCGUCUGGUUCAUCCAUCAGACAUCGCUCGCAUGCGCGGAAUUCGGUAUACUAUCGGCAGAGAUGCUGCUUGGACGACUACAUCUAUGCGGCUGGGUCAGCUAUAAGCUGGAUAAAGCUGUUUGUCACCUGUGGGAAAGGGUUGUUAAUCUCAGGCUUGCGCCAUAUUUCGAGGCGCCCUUCAAAGCUGAAGACGCCAACAGCCCCAUUGGACCUUUGCAACACCACGUCGCCGAGCCGGAUCUGGAUGCAUGGGAAAGUAUCGACUGGGCUACGCUCAGUCUGGUCCACAACCACCCAACCGAGCAACAGACGGAUGCAUCUGAUGCAGGAGAAGGGCCCGCGACUGGGAUACCAAAUGAAACAUUCAACUUUGGAAGUGGCCAUGGGUUUGCAUGUACGUCUCACAAUGUUGAUAUAUGCUCAGAGAGUGCAUACCUAUCUGACAACACUCAUGAUGGACGCUAACGGUCUCGGCGCAUCGAAGGGUCCACACCUCAACAGCUGUACGCACACUGAUUGAGCGAGUCGCACGAAAGUC